AUGGAGCUGAGCCUGGAGAGCCUGGGGGGCCUGCACAGCGUGGCCCACGCGCAGGCGGGCGAGCUGCUGAGCCCGGGCCACGCGCGCUCGGCGGCGGCGCAGCACCGCGGCCUGGUGGCGCCCGGGCGCCCGGGCCUGGUGGCCGGCAUGGCGAGCCUGCUGGACGGUGGCGGCGGCGGCGGCGGUGGGGGCGCCGGUGGCGCGGGCGGCGCGGGCAGCGCGGGCGGCGGCGCGGACUUCCGCGGGGAACUGGCGGGCCCGCUGCACCCGGCAAUGGGCAUGGCCUGCGAAGCGCCGGGCCUGGGCGGCACCUACACGACGCUCACGCCCCUGCAGCACCUGCCGCCGCUCGCGGCCGUGGCCGACAAGUUCCACCAGCAUGCGGCGGCCGCGGCCGUGGCCGGGGCGCACGGCGGCCAUCCCCACGCGCACCCGCACCCGGCGGCCGCGCCGCCCCCGCCACCCCCGCCGCAGCGUCUGGCGGCCAGCGUGAGCGGCAGCUUCACCCUCAUGCGCGACGAGCGGGCGGCGCUCGCCUCAGUGGGCCACCUUUACGGACCCUACGGCAAAGAGCUGCCCGCCAUGGGGUCGCCGCUGUCGCCGCUGCCCAACGCGCUGCCGCCCGCGUUGCACGGCGCCCCGCAGCCCCCGCCGCCGCCGCCACCCCCGCCGCUGGCCGCCUACGGCGCGCCAGGCCACCUGGCUGGGGACAAGCUGCUGCCGCCCGCCGCCUUCGAGACGCACGCCGCGCUGCUGGGACGCGCGGAGGACGCACUGGCCCGCGGGCUGCCCGGAGGCGGCGGCGGCACAGGCAGCGGCGGAGCGGGCAGCGGGAGCGCCGCGGGGCUGCUGGCGCCGCUGGGCGGGCUGGCGGCGGCCGGGGCGCACGGGCCGCACGGGGGAGGCGGCGGCCCCGGCGGGAGCGGCGGCGGCCCCAGCGCGGGCGCAGUGGCCGAGGAGAUCAACACCAAGGAGGUGGCGCAGCGCAUCACGGCGGAGCUGAAGCGCUACAGCAUCCCGCAGGCAAUCUUCGCGCAGCGGAUCCUGUGUCGCUCUCAGGGUACGCUCUCUGACCUGCUACGCAACCCCAAGCCGUGGAGCAAGCUCAAAUCCGGCCGCGAGACCUUCCGCAGGAUGUGGAAGUGGCUGCAGGAGCCAGAGUUCCAGCGCAUGUCGGCGCUGCGCUUGGCAGCCUGCAAGCGCAAGGAACAGGAGCAGCAGAAGGAGCGCGCGCUGCAACCCAAGAAGCAGCGCCUGGUGUUCACCGACCUGCAGCGACGCACGCUGAUCGCCAUCUUCAAGGAGAAUAAGCGGCCGUCCAAGGAGAUGCAGGUCACCAUCUCGCAGCAGCUCGGCUUGGAGCUCAACACCGUCAGCAACUUCUUCAUGAACGCGCGGCGCCGCUGCAUGAACCGCUGGGCUGAGGAGCCCAGCACGGCCCCCGGGGGCCCCGCCGGCGCCACGGCCACUUUCUCCAAGGCCUGAGGCGCCCCGGCCCCGCGCCCUCCCUGCCUCCACGGCCUGG